ACAAAGAAAAUAAAUCGUUUUGUGUCGUUUAGAUUAAUUUUAAUGAAAAUCAUUCCAGCCCAUGAGGUCAAAUGCUAGCAUCCAUUUUUUUUAAUCGGGCUCGGAAUUACAGGGAAAAAUGUCAACAGUUUCUGAACAUCCAACUAAUGGCAAUGAUCUCAGAUAGAACGUCAGAUGUUCCAGGCGUCAAGUUUAAUGAGCAAUGGAGGAUAACACAAGAGAAGAGGGUGAUGAGGAUGGUAAAACACAUCCACCAUUUUCCGGAAAAAUAAAGAAAAGUGAAAUUAAUAGAGUUCAGUCGCCUGCUUGUGAUUCAGAUUCUGGUGAAUGUCAUUGUAAAAGCAGCCACACAAGGGAAGGGCUCAGGAGAAAGUCCUGGAGUGGAUCAAAAUAUUCAAAAGGGAAAUCCAAGAAAACUCCCACAAUUCCUUGCUCUUCCUCCGAAGCUUGUGAGUAUGACAAGGAGCAUGGAGAAGAUGAGGAAGAGGAAGGGGAGGGAACUCAAGCAGAGCAUCCAGAGUUAUCUUCCCUUUUAAAUGGUCUGUGCAAUUCUAAAUAUGGUAACAAUUCUCGAGAAAAUAGUCUGCGAUAUUCCAGCUUACAAAAAAAUCGUAGGGACCCAAAGAACCAGAAGCCAAAUCGAAAAUCAGGAGAGACUGCAGUGAACCAGGAUAAUUCAGGGCCGGGAGCCAGUCAAGUUCAGGGUACCAGUCAGACAUGUGACUUUAUGUCGGGGCUACACUAUGCCAUUCCGUUCUUGUCAGACCGACUGAGAUCCAGUCUAUUAAACAGACUACGCUGUCAUUCAGAACCCAGGGACAUAGGUACGAAUUGUGUCACUGAGUGCGCUCCACAAACCAGGGACCUACGGAAUGAGCCGAGUGACUCGGACAGCAGUAGUGAACGGUACGAUCUCCCAGAAAUCCCACGACCUCAGACUCAACAAUUACCUCCUCGUUGUCAUGACAACCUGAGUAAACAGACCCCUUUGCCAUUCCAAUCAGCCACUCAAGACAGGGCUAGCUCUUCUCUUCCAGCUGUGAAAAAUGUAACGUGUCGUCAGAAAGAUUCUGAGAGUCAUUCACAAACUGCAGCCAAAGAUUUGAAAUAUUCAGAACAAGAUAAGAGGAUGGGUUUUUGUGGAGGUUGCUCUGUACAGCAGGGAGGUAUAAGGAACAGCAACCAGAGAUCAUGUGACCGUCAUGAUAUGGGUCAUGAUGAAUCAUGCUCAUGUGUCACGGACAAUCAUGAUGAAUCUAGUGAUAUAAAUCAUGGCGACAAUGAUAUAUGGCAUGAUUGUGUGGAGGGCGCUGUUUGCUCCUCAAGGGAGCCAAGUGUUGAGGGUAAUCAUGAGGAAUCUUGUCAUGAAAAUCGUGGUGGCAAUGAUAUGUGGCAUUGUGUGGAGGGCGUUGUCCUUUCCGACAAUGAUGAGGACAUUGAGGCGGCAGUGAAUCGCCUAGCGGAGGAUGUUGGGAAAUACAACUUCCUGGAACAUUUGAAUCUUGAUCAUCUUGAUGAAGAAAAUAAGGACAAUAGUGGUAAAUCAUGCGGCAGUGACAGUGAUGUGUGGUAUCAGUUUGUGGAGGGCGGUGCUGGGUUGGACAGUGGACUCGCCGCGUGUUCUGACAAUGACCCUGAUUUAGAGGCUGCUGUCAACUGCCUCGUGGAGCAAGAAGAGAAUAUCAGCUUCAUUGAACAUGAACUUAAUAAGGCAGAAGAUGAGAUUUCCAGUGAUGACUCCUCUGAGACGGUCCCUGACCUAUUUUCGAGUCUGAGCUCAGACAGCUGUCAGGCUGACGACGAGUUUGAGUGUGAUUGCGGGCACUGUGUUGGCUCAGGUCAAGGUCACCAUGACAAUGUCCUUGACCUUGAUUGGCAGACUGCUGACAGACUGGAGAGCUCUGGAAGGGAAGAUAACUCUAGUCCUGAAAGAAUCCCUGUUGGCUCUGUGACCUCUGAACCAGAGGAUGAUGACAUUGAGGAGGGGGUUUAUCAGAUCAGCCUGCUGCCUCCACUGGACUCACACCAGCUGGAGGCCAUGUUUGAGACAAUGAUUGCCCAGCUACAGGAGAUAAAUCUUGGGGGUGGGGAGGAACAGGCUCCACCCCCCGCCUCAGUAUCUACCAUUGAGAGCCUUCCUUCCAACCCAGUCACGGACCAGCAAAUCGAUGACCUUGCCCCCUGCUCUAUAUGUCUGUCCUCUUUUGUUGUCAUGGAUACCAGUUCCCAUCUUCCGUGUAACCAUUUGUUUCAUCUCCACUGCAUCCAAGCUUGGCUGGCCAAGUCUGCUACCUGUCCUGUCUGCAGACGUCAUUUAGAGUCUCCAGGAAACAGCUAGUGAGCAUGCCCAGUCUACAGGAAAUGACAUCAUGAUACCUCAUAACCCCAUCACUUUUGACAUCGAAAAUUAAUGAGAGAAAAAUGCAAGAAGAUUGUUGUAUAACUCAUGUUGUUACAUGUACCAGUGGUUUAUUAAGUGGUCUUGUUUCAUGUAAAGCAAUAUUGCUUCAUGUUGCUUUUUAGUUUUAAGUGGAACUAACAGAAUUGUAUUAUACUGUAUGUGUCUUUUCCAAAUGUGGAGUUGAAAUUUACUCUAGGAUUGGAAACAAAGGUCUUUACUUUCCAACAUUCUUUCAAUUUUUUUUUUUCGUUCUUUUUUUUUUUUUUUGCUUUUUAUUACAUAAUAUCAGCACCUAUCUUUUAAAAAAUUGUUUUGUUAUGUUUUUGUUUUAUCAUAUUAUUAAUCAUUUUUGUUUGAGUUAUUUAUAUGAGAAGAAUUCAUUUUUUAUGAAUUAAAAGUGCAAUAUCAUUUGUGAUUAAUUAGAAGCUUUGGUGUAUAUGCUUACUGUAUAUGUAUAUGCCAAGGGCACAUAAUAGCUUUUACAAAAUCCUAUUGUUUUAAAAUUCAUUCUCAAAAUACAAGUAGGGUAUAUCAGCUUGUAAAUGUAUAUGGUUUAAUUUAGGGAGAAAUGUGUAACACUGUCAUCUAUAUAUAUCACGUAUGCUUGAAAAAUCUUCUGCAAUCGAAAAAAACAUGGUAUUAUUUCUGCAGUUACUUGUUAUGGCGUGUAAUGUUAUAAAUGAUGUAUUGCAAAAUAAUAAAUCCUUUGAAUGCUCUU